CCACGUGAUCCCACACAGGACACAAACACGUCGCGAUAGUAGAAUAAUGAGCACGUAAAGCGUCGGUUUUCACAAUUUGACGACGACCAGGUACAGGCCGGUACUUAGGUAGGUUUUAUUUUGAAAAAUCAUAGCGGAAGUUGAUUUAAUUUCGGCGUACUUGUCAUUGAAUCCUCGCGCUCACUCCUCUUUUCAAGCUCUGUCAACCUGGAGGCGCGUGAACAAGUAGUAAAAGUGGACGCGUUGACUCCGGCUGACUUUUUUGCUGCCUGUUUUAAUUUAGAAAAUAUGACUUGGAUUUCGGACUUGGACCCAUGUUUUUGUAAACGCUCAUCAUUCUUUGUUUGUUGUUUUGUUUUUGUUUUGUUUUUUUUUGGUGCGACGAAGUGAUGCAGAGUGUUAAGAAUCGAAUUGGGGAAUAAAACUUAAAAAAAAAAAAAACAGCUCGCGCGCCGGCUGGCAUGGCACGUCAGGUGUUUCGGCGUUUUGAUGGAGGUCGUCUCUUUCCGUCAUGGUGACAGUGUUCGCGGUGAGUUAGGCUGGAGCACUAUGGAGGAAAGAAAGAGACUUUUCUUCUACCUUCUCGUCGCGGCGCAGCUCUGCCUGAGCUCAACACAAGUCCUCAGAAUCGGUGGUAUUUUUGAGACCCGGGAAAGUGAGUUAGUGAGCAUGGACGAGCUGGCGUUCAAGUUUGCUGUAAAUAACAUAAAUCGCAACAAGACCCUGAUUCCCAACACCACUCUCACCUACGACAUUCAGAGGAUCAACCUCUUUGAUGGCUUUGAGGCUUCCAGGAGAGUGUGUGACCAGCUAGCUCUCGGGGUGGUUGCCGUGUUCGGCCCCUCUCACAGCUCCUCGGUCAGCGCCGUUCAGUCCAUCUGCAACGCCCUGGAAGUCCCCCACAUCCAGACCCGCUGGAAACACCCGUCAGUGGACAACAAGGACACCUUCUUCAUCAACCUGUACCCUGAGUACACCGCCAUCGCCAGGGCCAUCCUCGAUGUGGUCACUUUCUUCAAAUGGAGGAAGCUGACAGUGGUCUAUGAGGACAGCACAGGUCUGAUGCGGAUGCAGGAGUUGAUCAAAGCCCCGGCAAAGUUCAACCUGAAGAUCAAGAUCCGCCAGCUCACACCGGGCAACCAAGAUGCCCGUCCGCUGCUUAAGGAACUGAAGAAAGACAAGGAGUUUUUUAUCAUCUUUGACUGCUCCUAUCGCAUGGCUGCGGAGCUCCUUAAACAGCUUUCAUCAAUGGGAAUGAUGACAGAGUACUACCACUUUUUCUUCACAACCUUGGAUUUGUUUGCGUUGGACUUGGAGCCAUACCGCUACAGCGGGGUCAACAUGACUGGCUUCAGACUGCUGAACAUAGAUGACCCGUGGGUAGCCUCUACCAUGGACAAGUGGGCCAUGGAAAGACUGCAGGGUCCCAAACAAGAGAGCGGCCUGAUGGAUGGAGUCAUGACUACAGACGCAGCCUUGAUGUAUGAUGCGGUGUUCAUGGUCGCCGUUGCGUCCCAGCGGGCCACUCAGAUGACUGUCAGCUCCCUGCAGUGUCACCGCCACAAACCCUGGCGCUUCGGUCCACGCUUCAUGAACCUCUUCAAAGAGGCACAGUGGGACGGACUGACAGGGCACAUUGUUCUUAAUAAGACAGAUGGCCUGAGGAGAGACUUUGAUUUGGACAUCAUCAGCCUCAAAGAGGACGGCACUGCCAGGAUUGCUGUGUGGAACUCGUACAGGGGGAUGAACCUGACUGAGAAGUCCAAUCGAGACAAGAAUAACAAUGUGACAGACUCUCUGGCUAACCGGACUCUUAUUGUUACCACGAUAUUGGAAAAUCCAUAUGUGAUGUAUAAAAAGUCAGACAAGGAGCUGGUUGGGAACGAUCGUUUCGAAGGCUACUGCCUGGACCUGUUGAAAGAGCUCUCCAACAUUUUGGGUUUCACAUAUGAAGUCAGACUGGUGGCUGAUGGGAAAUACGGAGCCCAGAAUGACAAGGGAGAGUGGAACGGGAUGGUCCGAGAGCUGAUCGACCAUGUCGCAGACCUUGCAGUGGCUCCCCUAACCAUCACUUAUGUUAGAGAGAAAGUCAUUGACUUCUCCAAGCCCUUCAUGACCUUAGGCAUCAGCAUCCUGUACCGUAAACCAAACGGCACCAACCCGGGCGUGUUCUCCUUUCUUAAUCCCCUGUCUCCGGACAUCUGGAUGUAUGUGCUGCUGGCCUGCACAGGAGUUAGCUGUGUGCUCUUUGUGAUUGCCAGGUUUACUCCAUACGAGUGGUACAACCCACACCCAUGCAACCCGUCCUCAACUCUAAUACAAAACAAUUUCACACUGCUCAACAGUUUCUGGUUUGGCGUUGGAGCUCUCAUGCGGCAAGGCUCGGAGCUGAUGCCUAAGGCUCUGUCCACUCGUAUAGUUGGGGGUAUCUGGUGGUUCUUCACCUUAAUCAUCAUCUCCUCCUACACGGCCAACUUGGCUGCAUUCCUCACAGUGGAGCGAAUGGAUGCACCCAUUGACUCGGCAGAUGACCUGGCGAAGCAGACCAGGAUUGAAUAUGGGGCGGUGAGGGAUGGAUCCACCAUGACCUUCUUUAAGAAAUCAAAGAUCUCCACCUAUGAGAAGAUGUGGGCGUUUAUGAGCAGCAGGAAGAACACUGCUUUGGUCAAGAACAACAAGGAUGGCAUCACCCGGGUCCUGACGACAGAUUACGCCAUGCUGAUGGAGUCCACCAGCAUCGAGUACAUCAGCCAGAGAAACUGCAACCUCACCCAGAUCGGAGGUCUUAUAGACUCGAAAGGCUAUGGGGUGGGAACACCCAUUGGUUCUCCAUACAGGGAUAAAGUGACCAUUGCCAUCCUUCAGCUGCAGGAGGAAGGGAAGCUGCACAUGAUGAAGGAGAAGUGGUGGAGAGGCAAUGGCUGCCCAGAGGAGGACAACAAGGAGGCCAACGCUCUGGGCGUGGAAAACAUCGGCGGCAUCUUCAUCGUCCUGGCCGCUGGUCUGGUCCUCUCUGUGUUUGUGGCUAUUGGGGAGUUCAUUUACAAGGCCCGCAGGAACGCAGACAUAGAGGAGUGCGUGUCUUUCAGCGCCAUGAUGGAGGAGCUGGGUAUCUCCCUGCAGUGUUACAAGGGCAUCCGGAGGAGAUCGCGGCCCCACAGCGCAGCAAGGUCAGCUUGUAUCUUCUGUCAACCCAAACGCACAGGAAAGAGGGAGGGAGUGAGACGGGACUCCAGCACUUGAGCCUUGGAUCUAAAAACUGAUAGAUCAGAGACUGCUAUUUGGUCUCUUCAUCUGUGGGCCUCUGAAUGAUAUGAAGUUGUUUCCUCAUCACCCCCCAUUCCCACCCCCCAUCUUUAUACUGUAUGUGUAUGGAUAAUACAUUAAGCAUUAUACUGUAGAUGUAGCUCACAAAGUCUUGGCCUUGUAUCAACAUUAAUAAUGUUAAAACAGCUGAUGACUAAGAUAGUAAAAACCAAUACUGUUCCCUCAUGGCUGUAGUUCACUGUUCUGAGCCGUUUGCACAGUUGCAUCUGCACACUUUAUAGAUACUCCCAUUGUGUAAAUGUGUGACAACUUCACUGAUUUUCAGAGUAAAAUGAUU